CGGAUGUAAAUCCAAACACAGCAACUGGACGGAAACUGUCUUCCUGCUGAAGCUCCAGAUGGCUAUGAAGACUGACGUUUUUUUCUCCUGACUUUCUGGCUCUGCUCCUCGGCAUGUCUUUCUCCUCCUCCUUCGGCUCGCAGCUCGCAGCCAUCCUGGACGUUCUGGUCAAAGCAGCGGUGGCAGAAAUCACGAAGCUGGUGGACGACGAGAGCGUCUCUCUGCAGCUGGAAGUGUGUCAGAGGGACGCUGAGAUCCAGGAGCUCCGUAGGACUCUGGAGCUGAUGGAGGCUGAACUCUGCAAAGAAGCGUUCACGAUCCGAGAGACGGAGGAGAGACAGGAGGAGCUACCAGCAGCUGAGAACCAGGUCCUCCUGAGAGUUGCAGACAUAAAAGAAGAUGAGGACACAAGCGCUGUGUACCCUGAAUCCAAAACUGCUGAUUCACUCUGCAAGACCCCAAAUGAAACCGAUGAGAACUUCAGGCCAGCGGUGAAACAGGAGCCAGCGGAUGAACUUAUAACCACAGAAACAACAGACAACACAGUGGCAGCGGACAUUAGCUUUGAAGGAGGAAAGCGAGACGACUCGACAUGGCUUCUUCCUGCUUGUAGCGUUUCUGAGAACAUCUCUGUUGCCACACAGCAGCAAAUACAGACUUGCCCCUCUCGUGCUGAGCGAUAUUCUGCUCACCGUAACAUUGACAGUUUGUGCAAUUCUUCAUCAACUGCAGCAGAGGAUGUCGUAGAUAACUACUUAAGUGUGCCAAUAAAAGUAGAAGUAGAGGUUCGACCCAAGUGUAUGGGAAACAACACGUCUGAAUCGGCUCAUAAUGAACAGUUUGAACAUGUUUUAGAACAGGUCGGAUCGUCUUUACCCCCUCCUUCUGCUCAGGCAUCCACAGCUGGUAUGUUAGCAUCGAACUCUGAAACGAAUGUGUGGAGAGCAAAUCAAAAAGUCUUUACCUGCUAUUUGUGCAACAAGGGCUUCCCCUGUCUGUCUCAGCUGGAGGAGCACAGGUCGACCCACCAGACUGUCAAACCAUUCAGGUGCCUCCAAUGCGGUAAAUCUUUCGCCCACAAGGUCCGGCAGCAGACGCACCAGAGAGUCCACACGGGGGAGAGGCCGUUCAGCUGCACAAUCUGCGGCAAGAUGUUCUCGAGGCAGGACAACUGCGUGAGACACGAGCGGUUCCACAGCGGGCAGAAACCCCACAGCUGUCGGCUGUGCGGUAAAAGCUUCACGGGGCUGAGGAACCUCAAACUACAUCAAGAUAUUCACCUGCAGGGGAGAGAGGGGAGAUAGCACUCAGUUGCUGCAGCUGUAAGAGUUAGAAUAUUUUGCACAAAUCUUGAUCUUGCCAGUGAGCUUUGACAGUUGUAUUACACUGAAUGUCACAGUGAAAUGUGUUUUCAUUAGCAUUUCUGGGGACAUAGAUGCUGGCAGUGUCACUGUGUGAAGAAAAUGUGACUGUUAUGUUUAUCUGUUUGUUUUCUCCAACAUACUUAUUAAAGCAAGUU